AAUUUGAAAUUUGAUGAGCACGUGACGUGUGCCGGUGUGUGCACGUACACUAGCAAGGCUUUGAACUUUCUUCAGGGCAUAAUCGACACCAUGAACAGUCAAGACGCAUUCAGAAAAUUCACUCAACAAAUAAAGAGGGCUAGCCAGUCAGGAGGCGGUGGUGGCAUGCCAGGAGGUCCAGGUCGCUUCCUCGCAGGCGGAGGCCUUAUUGUUGCACUGGUUGGCGGUGGACUUCUUCUAAAUGCGAGCUUGUUCAACGUUGACGGUGGUCACAGAGCUAUCAAAUAUACUCGUCUCCAGGGUGUUAAGGAUGAGGUGUACAGCGAAGGGACACAUGUUGUGGUUCCCUGGUUCGAGACUCCAAUAGUUUUCGACAUUCGUGCAAAGCCUCGGAGUGUAGCAAGCUUGACUGGCACGAAAGAUUUGCAAAUGGUUAACAUCACUUGCAGAGUUCUGUCCCGGCCGGCUGUAUCGGCGCUGCCUCAAAUAUACCGUGAACUAGGAAAAGACUAUGACGAGCGCGUGCUACCGUCUAUCGUCAACGAAGUUCUCAAAAGCGUGGUCGCACAAUUCAAUGCAAGUCAGCUUAUCACACAACGUGAGAUGGUGUCCCGGUUAAUUCGCGAGAACCUAACAAAUCGUGCAUUGCGCUUUAAUGUGGUGCUAGACGAUGUGUCUAUCACCCAUGUGGCGUUUUCACCCGAGUUUACGCAUGCUGUCGAGGCCAAGCAGGCAAGUAAUCUGAUACAUAUCCUAUUUGCCAAGAUAAUUUUGCCCCUCCAGGUCGCUCAACAAACAGCUUUGAGGGCCGCCUUCUUGGUUGAUCAGGCCAUCCAAGAAAAGCAGUCUAUUAUAGUGCGAGCUCAAGGUGAGGCGAAAAGUGCCGAGCUGAUCGGCGAAGCCAUGCGCACGAACAAAGGAUUCCUGGAACUCCGUCGGCUUGAGGCCGCGAGGGAUAUUGCUAACAUGCUGGCCUCCUCAGGAAAUAAAGUGAUGUUGGAUGCCCAGAGCCUCUUGUUGAAUGUGACUGGAGAGGACACAAAGGAGUUGCUGAAAGUAAAGAAGUAAUCUCAUUGCCUUGUCCACAUCUCGUCAUCAUUGUCACCGUCGCUACUAAGGAAAAUGCAUGUGUCGACUAUUAUGAGCUUACAUAUUGAACUUCAAACUGCAGGAACGCAUAUAUCUGAAAUGAAGCAUGGAUGCUCGUAUCCGUGUUCAUAUCAUCAUUUCCACUCCAGCAUACAUCGUGCUCUGUUAAUUGCAAAAAAUGGGUACGUAAAUAAUGUCUCCAGCGUUUUCAAAAUUUCGUGGCGUGGUCGACCACUUGAAUGUGUUAUAAGCACAUUUGUUUGCCACCCAAACGAAGUGUUGUUGUAUCAAUAUGCUCGAAGUUCGUCGCUGAAGUCCUGAAGUACUUAAAGGAUAACAGUCUCAGACCUCUUCACAAAGCUAUG